UCGGAAAGGGCAGCGUCUCACGCCGAGAUGACGGAGCUCCAGGUCCUUGGGGUUGCUUUCCUGCUGAUGGGGGGCCCUGGGUGGGCAUUCCCCCCACAUGCGAACUUGAAGGACUCCUCCCAAUCCUCCCCUUCCUCGCUCUCCCUGCGCUAUUUCUACACAUCCGUGUCGGAGCCUGGCCAGGGGCUGCCUCAGUUCAUCACUGUGGGCUACGUGGACGACCAGCUCUUUAUCCAGUAUGACAGCAACACAAAGACUGCGCAGCCUCGAACACCCUGGAUGGAGAAGGUGGGGGACGAGGAUCCCAGGUACUGGGACAGGAACACCAAGAUAGCGCAGAACACUGAGCAGAAGUUCCGAGUGCACCACGUGAACCUGCGGAGGUACUACAACCAGACUGGAGGGUUUCACUCCCUGCAGCAGAUGUACGGCUGUGAGCUGAGGGGAGACGGGAGCAAAGGGGGGUAUAACCAGUAUGGCUACGAUGGGAGGGACUACCUCGCCCUGGACAUGGAGACCCUCACCUGGACGGCCGCCAAUACCCAGGCUCAGAUAAGCAAGAGGAAAAGGGAGGCUGAACCUGCUAUUGCCCAGCGCUACAAGGCCUACCUGGAAGAGGAAUGCAUUGAGUGGCUGCGGAGAUACCUGGUCUACGGGAAGGAGACUUUGAUGAGGACAGAGCCCCCGGUGGUGAAGGUGACACACCAGGCAAGUAGGAAGGACCUGGAGACGCUCAUCUGCCAGGCCCACGGCUUCUACCCCAAGGAGAUCGACGCCACCUGGAGGAGGGAUGGGGAGAUCAUGGACUAUGAGACCUUCCGUAGAAGUGUCGCCCCCAAUUCAGACGGGACCUACCACAUCUGGCUCAGCAUUGAGAUCGACCCCAAGGAGAGGGACCUCUACCGGUGCCAUGUGGACCAUGCCGGCCUGCCAGAGCCUCUGGUCUUGGCCUGGGAGGAGCCUUGUGGUGUGAGAUGGAGUGCCAUCAUGCCGUUCAUCACGGGAGCCAUCUUGUUCGUCCUGCUGUCGGCUGUUCUCAUCUCCUUGACUGUGAACAUAAUUAUCAGGAAGAAGAAAAUGGGAUAUCUCCACCACCAAAGGAAGAAGAAAAUGGAAAUUGUCGACUGCCAACCAAACAUACAGAAUUACAUAAAGUCUGACGAGGCACUCAGCACGGGAUCUGACAGCUCCGAGAAGCAGCUUUUGCAAUAAGAUGGAGCCCUUUGAAGUUUUUCUGUGAAUUAUCUAUGCAAAGGCCUCCUGGUAGCCUUCAAAAUUAGGUUCAAAAUCUCCGCAUUCCCCCCGCCACCUGCAAAGGCCCUCCCGUGGACGGGCAAGCCAACACUGAUGUCAGUGUCUACGUUGUUAAAUAAAUAAAAGAAUGGCGCAUCUCAGGAACAGCUUUGGAGGGCCAUCGGUGGGCGGGCGCACGCUCACAGCACCACUGGAGACAUCGUCACGGUGCUGGCUACACAGCUCAACUCCGGGCCUUUGCUCCUGGCGGGUCACUUACCUGCUCAGAGAGGUGGCAAUAGUGGAACACCUGCGUCCCCCUUGAACAGUAGUUCGACUUCUGAAGUUUGAUAAAAAGUUUGAUUUCUGUGCCACUUCGCGCACUGAACAGUACCACCACCAAGGCUCAUGGAAAUGCCCUUCAGUCAACUACUGGCCUCUUCAAACUCUCCAUCUCUCUUCUAUAUGUUUAAGACACCAUGUUUGAGAAACGACCGUCAUUAUCUACCCAGUUCCCUGAAGCAUCUGAGGUGGCUAGACCUUCAUAUCCCAGCAGGAGAGGGAAUGCCUGCCUCAAUCCUGUGCGGUUUCUGCUGCAAUUCAGUCCCUGACCCGACCUGACCCAGAGCCUUAUAAGAGUAUCUGAUGUUCCAAAGCCAUCUUCCCUGCAAACCUGUUUGUCCAUCAAGAGCCAGAAGGCAGCAACGUCUGGAACUGGAAAAACAAGAGAAGUUCAACCUGACUAGCCACGGAUAACGCCUACCAUGAAAAAUGUAGGAAAGAGUUCGUGAAGCUAUGCAAAAUAAGGACCCUAAUUGGAAUGCAAAUGAAGCUCAGCCUCUAACCUUAUAAAAACCACUAGAAAAUACCAUUUCUGCUCAAUUUGAUGUGUAACAAUGUAUCCAGCAGAAAAAGUUCCAUCCGGAAUUACACUUUGGGAUUUCCGAGGAGUUUAAAUGGAACAGAUUUUUUUUUAAAAAAAAAUCAUUUAAAGCCUCUGUUAAUGUGUGGCUAUCCUUAACUAAGCCUGUGUAGUUUAAAACCUAUUGGAAAAUUACUUUCCAAUAGAUAUUUCAGAUUUUUCGAUUUUAUGGAAACGUUUCUUUUCGCCCCAUGUUGGUUAGCUUUUCCCCUCCCUGUUUGUUUGCUAUUGUGAUUUUAGAAUGUAAGCCAUAUGGCAGGGUGUUUCGUAUUCUUAUAUCAAAUUUACUGCGUGGUUUUAUCCUGGUUGUGCUUUUUAUACUGUAUUUUGUAAUUGUGCUUUUAACCUGUUGGUUGUUUUAUUGCGGUUUUAAUUUUUGUAAAAUAUUAUGUUGUAUUUUGUUCUGUACAGCACCAUGAAUGUUGAUGGUGCUAUAUAAAUAAAUAUGAAUAAUAAUAUUAAAA